ACGAAAUCAUUGUGAACAGACAGAGGAUCCCGAUCCGUCUAAUGAUCAACAACUAUAAUUGUUUGUUUCCCUUCCGACAGUCCAACUUGUCAGCUUGUAUAAGCUGUAAUGACGAACAAGUGAAGUUCCAGCGUCCCUUUUGAUUUAUGCGGCCAUUUCAGUGGCCAAAAGACCUAAAGCCUCUCCUUUUACGCUUCAAAGACAGGGCAUCCAUUGCUAAAAUCCACGCUAUCAUGAUAUCAUCUGGGACAUUCGACCGUGGAACUUCUUUCAAUGGCCAAUUGGUAGCAUCCUAUAUCCGAAUUGGCGACAUUGAAUCAGCCCGACUAGUGUUCGAUAAAUCGCCCCACAGAGCCGUAGAUGCUUAUAAUGCCAUGAUCAUUGCGUAUUCACGUAAAGUUUGCCCACUAGAAGUGAUUAAACUGUACAAGCAAAUGAAUUUGGAAGGAGCUAGACCCGAUAGCUCUACUUUUACGUUGGCACUAAAGGCGUGUACAAGCUUGUUAGAUUUGGAUAUGGGUGAAAAAAUUCGAACCAAUGCUGUGAAAUGUGGAUAUGAGCAUGAUAUGUUUGUUGGGUCUUCUGUUUUGAAUUUGUAUGCUAAGUGUGGCCAAAUGGAUGAAGCAAUGGGUGUGUUUGAAAAGAUUCCGGGGAGGGAUAUUGUUGCUUGGACGACAAUGAUAACGGGGUUUGUACAAAGUGGUCGAGUGAGUGACGCGAUAUGGAUAUAUAGGCAGAUGCAAAAAGAGGGCAUAGAAGGGGAUGGGGUUGUGAUGUUGGGGUUGAUUCAGGCUUGUGCAAAUAUUGGGGAUACGAAAAUGGGUCUUUCUGUUCAUGGACAUAUGAUUAGGAGGGAUCUUCUUAUUGAUGUGGUGGUGCAAACCAGCCUUGUGGACUUGUAUGCAAAGAAUGGACAGUUGGAGCUUUCUUCUCGUAUGUUUAGGAAUAUGAGUCAUAGGAAUGCUGUUUCUUGGAGUGCUUUGAUUUCUGGCUGUGCUCAAAAUGGUUUUGUUGGGAAUGCACUUGAACUAUUGAAAGAGAUGCAGAGUUUUGGGUUUGAGCUGGAUUUAGUGUCACUGAUGAGUGGACUUUUGGCCUGUUCUCAAGUUGGUUUUUUGAAACUGGGUAGGUCGAUACAUGGAUAUAUCAUGAAAAGGCUUGAUCUAGAUCAAGUUCUUGGCACUGCAUUGAUUGACAUGUACUCAAAAUGUGGAUUCCUUUCUAAUGGCCGUGCAGUAUUUGAGCUGUUAAGUUCUAAGGACUUGAUCUCCUGGAAUACAAUGAUUGCCAGCUAUGGUAUCCAUGGACAAGGAAUGGAGGCUCUCUCACUCUUCCUCCACAUGACAGAGACAGACUUAAAACCAGACCAUGCAACUUUUGCUUCUCUGCUCUCUGCCUGUAGUCAUUCUGGUUUAGUAGAAGAAGGGAAAUACUGUUUUGAUCGCAUGGUAUAUGAAUUCAAUAUUAAACCAAGCGAGAAGCAUUAUGCUUGUUUGGUUGAUCUUUUGGCUCGUGCCGGACGAGUGGAAGAAGCUCGUGAUCUGAUAGAUUCAAUGACAACCGAUCCAGGGAUUGCUGUGUGGGUUGCCCUUCUUCUAGGUUGCCAUAUACAUCGUAAGUUGUUGACUGGAGAGUUGGCAGCAAAGAAGGUUCUUGAGUUGAAGCCAGAUAAUCCUGGAAUUUAUGCUCUAGUUUCAAACUUUUACGCCGCAGCAAGGAAGUGGGAUGAAUUUGCUGGGGUGAGGAAGGUCAUGAAAAAUACAGGGAUGAAGAAAGUACCUGGUUACAGUGUUGUGGAAGUGCAUGGAAAACUCCAUGCUUUUCUUAUGGAAGAUAAGAGCCAUCCCCAAUAUGAACAGAUUGCGGGAAUGUUGGAGAAGCUGGAGCAUGAGAUGACAGCUAUGGGUUAUAUCCCUAACACAGAAUUUGUGCUGCACAAUCUUGAAGAAGAAGUCAAAGUAAAAAUGGUGUGUAGUCACAGUGAGAGACUUGCUAUUGCUUUUGGGCUCUUGAACACAGGGCUAGGAACUAGAUUGCUCAUCACAAAAAACCUCAGAGUCUGCUGGGAUUGCCAUGAAGCAACUAAGUUUAUCUCCAAAAUAGUGAAUAGAGAGAUUGUGGUGAGAGACGUGAAACGAUUUCAUCACUUUAAGGAUGGAGUCUGCUCAUGCGGUGACUACUGGUAAACCCUGAUAUAAGAGCUUACUUUCCCCUUAUUGGGUUUUGCUUGGUUCAAGUACCCAAUUCUCAGGCCAAGGUCCUAUCACCUUUGAUUGAAGAAAUUUUGACUAUUGUAACUUGAUCGUGGCAGAGAGAUGGAUUGCGUACUGAACUUUAACAUUAAUGUAAAGAAACAGCAUUAUGUUUCAUGGACUUAAUCACCCUAUUGAAUCCGAUAGGAUUAUACUUGUGUAUUAAAAUUCCACCAACAUCGUUCUCUGUUUCUUUUUCCAACCAUUUUUGGGUUCAUGCAUAACAAGUUAACAAUGCAGCAUCCAAUUGAAAGAGCUUUUGUUAGAAUCAAAACCUUACUUGUACAUCCAUAACAAAGGCCUGUCAUUUUGCAAGUCUUCGGCUUGAGUAUGAAUUGAUACAAAUUAGAGACGGAGGUUCUUGCAGCCCAGAUCUGCUGAAGUUUUUCUGGAUACUGUUGUAAAAUUUAUCCUUCUUACCCAAACAUUCCAAUCCCAUAGAGUGUCUGAUUCCUUUCUCUGGAAACCUCUUCUGUCAAGAUAACCUGCAGUUGAUAAUGCAUUUGAGAAACUUGAGCUGUCAUGUCUGAGCAGAUGCAGUGGAAGGCAAGGAAGAUGGAAAGUAUGAAGCAAAUCAUGGGGAUUUCCUGAAGUAAUUGAGGUAAAACAGUACAAAUUUUUCCUGGUGGGAGUGGGGAAUUAAUAGUUUGUGAAAUGUAUAACAUCUAGAGUCCCAUAUAUGGGAUUUAUUCUGGAUCUCAUUUCGUGGAGCAUUUGAUCCCACGGGUUUCUCCGAGAUUGAUCGGCAAUUGUAUAAAUUGGGAACGCUUCAAACACUACUCUCCACACAAAAGAUGUACUGGACAUACUUAGAUACAAGAGAUGGGUGAUCAUGGAAACAGUUAAUAAGGCACGUUUCCUCCUCGCUCUUCUCGUGGUGUUCCUUGCCAUGGCUGAGGGAGGAAGGGACGUCUCGAUGAAAGACGAUGUCUACAAUCCUCAGAACUUUUUUGGAAAUGGUUGGUUCCCAUUUUUUCCCUUUUUCCCUCAUUUCCCCUGGUUUGGAGGUAUCCACAAAGCUGAAGCUGGGCAAAACGAUUUGGUGAAACGCAAAGAGGGGGUCUGAGGUGUUCCUAAAGUCUAUGGGAAGUCUGCAGAGGGAUACCCAUGAUCAUAUGAUCCAUGUUUAUGGUAUCCAUGUUUAUGGUACUUAGGCAGGGUAUUUAUGUGCAUAAAUAAUGUCUACUCCUGCUUGUUUUAGUAGUUUUACUA